AUGGACCCAGCAUCCGAACACUCAUGGAGCCUGUUCCAGUAUAUUCGCGAGCUGCUCGCUGCUCCCGAAAAGCACACUCACGACUGGAGCGAGGCAGAACGUCAUAAUUUCCAACAUAGCCCCCUCUACAGAUUGCCGGCCGAACUGCUCGGGAUUAUUCACGAAUAUUUGCCUCCCAACAACUCAUUCGCAUUAUCACUCACCUGUGCUCGGUUCUACUUCUCUACCAUCCUUGCAGGGGCCCAACGCGAGCUAAAAUCAACCAAAAUGGGCCAGUUCAUUGUCAUGUGCAUGCUCGAAGGAGUCGGACAGAUAAAGGAGUAUUGCUGCCGGGGUUGCCUCACCACGCACCCUUCCUCUCACUUCUCCAAGGAUGAACUGGAAAAGCGCCACGCAGAGCGCUAUUGUUUACGAACCAAGAAGGUUAUGGCAUUUGGAGCAUUUGGGUCAGACCCCAAGAGCUUUAACGAGGUACUGGAGAUGAGGAGGACACGGGAAUUGGAGGAAAACAUCGAUAUUCUGCAACAGGGCUCCUUCUGGAACCUCUUUUCCUCCCCCAAAAUAUCAGUAGUGACCGGCAUACGGCUGUUCCCUCAAGGCAAAAAGGUUUCCGUGGAACGGUUCGCAGAACUAUGCCAGAAAUUAAACUACCCAGUCUGCCCCCAUAUGACGACGGCCGACAAAAGAAUUGUGGACCUCUACGUUCCUGAUUUUUUUCGCGCUGGCAAAUCAAACAUACCUUAUCCCUUCAGUCAGCAUUUUGAGCGAAAUGAACUCGGCGUCAAAUGUAAGGUUUAUGAGGCAGCUAAUUCAUUCUACUAUGCAACCCAGGCUCCGAUCGCGGGCACAGCCAUAGAGAGUAAUAUCGACUGCAUCCCUCUCUCACUCCCUAAAUCUUCGUUGAUGACGAGGCUUGGUGUAACCAUCUGGUCUGCUGUAAGCUCAUGUAUUCCAGAAAAGCAUCACCGGCGGAAGUCAGGCCACCUUCACCGGGUCGUUAUUUCGGACCAUCUGUAUAUGCUAACCCCUCAGUUCCAAAGGGAGCGUGAAGGGAGGGAUUAG